UGGUGGUUCACUCCUUCCAUCAACAUACAGAGGAAACUUGAUAUAACAAUGUUCCUCCUAAAUUUGAUAAAGGUUUUGGUUAUGAUUGCAACAGUAGAAGCCUACUAUUUUAAACCUCACAUAACGACAACUAUGCCACCAGUUGGACCACCGAUUUGUAAUGCAGUUGCUGACAUUGUUUUUGUGUACGAUACCUGUGCAAAUAUCAGCCAGAAUGACACUGCAAAUUUCACUACGAAUUUUGCUAAAACGAAAGAGUUUAUUAUAAAUAUUGUGAAUGCGUUCAACCCAGUAGGACCCAAUGGAACCCAGAUUGCCGUUCUUUGUUCAUCAUCAGAAAACAACAAGAAUUUCCCCUUGAAUCGGUAUGGAACAAAAAAUGAAACUAUUGCUGCCAUCAACAAUUUUACUACGGAUCCAAACAAUCCAGCAGCUAUCGCAGGUGCUUUCCAAGCUGCGCGAGCUAAUUUUUUCUUACCAGUGAAUGGAGGAGGUAGAAAUUGUUCUCAGUGUUUUGUUAUUGUGAUUACUGAUGGUAGACCGGAUACUGGCGAACUUAAUGCUACAACAGAGGCUGAUAGAUUAAGGAAUGAAAGCAACUGCAUUGUCUAUGUUGUUUCAGUAGCCCAAGAAAAUAGUACUCGGUUGGAGAAUAUAGCCGGGGGUCCAUCUAAUGUCUUCAAUGUAGAUCAGUUUGCUCUGGUGAUUUCCACUAUCAACGCUGUUGUGCAGGCUGUUUGUAAUGAUUCAAAAUGUACAACUGCUCCUCCUGUAACUACAGCACCUCCUCCACAUACUUAUCAUGUCAAGCCCAAACCAGCAUAUUGGGUACAAAAACCAGUAAAUGUACACAAACCAGUAUAUGUACACAAACCAGUAUAUGUACACAAACCAGUAUAUGUACACAAACCAGUAUAUGUACACAAACCAGUAUAUGUACACAAACCAGUUUAUGUACACAAACCAGUAUAUGUACACAAACCAGUAUAUAUACACAAACCAGUAUAUCGACCAAGACCAAUAUAUCGACGACCAGUAUAUCGACGACCAGUAUAUCGACGACCAGUAUAUCAACGACCAGUAUAUCGACGACCAGUAUAUCAACGACCAGUAUAUCGACGACCAAUAUAUCGACGACCAGUAUAUCAAGGUAGACGAAGAGUAAGAUUCGGAUUCAGACGUAGGGGUAGAAUAUACAGAGGCUAGAAAGUGAAGAUAUUCUAAGUCUAUCGACGUUAAUCCACGUCGAUAUUGAAGAGAAUCUGACAUAAUGGACAUUCAUACUUUUUUUUAAAAAGUUGUCAAUAAAUGUCAGAACAAA